GCUGCCAGCAGCUGAAUCCCCGCCCCCGCUGCGCGUUCAUUGGCUGCAUUACUGCUCUAGACUAAACAGCGCGCUCUGAUUGGCUGUCACAGACGUCGAUCGUCUAGAGGGCGGAAAGUUACGGUAUUGCCUCAUAGAUUGCAGUGAAUGAGCGGAAUCAGAGCUGCUGCUGAUAUUAAAUGAUGUUGGUGUACUCUGUCUUUCUCAGUAUUCUGUUGUUCACUUCACGUCCUGCAGCAGGUAAAACCGUCUCUGGGGUGUUCAGGAGCGACGCGGCGAGAGAAAACAAUGGUCAAUACAUCACAAGAUUCCUGUAUCACGGUGAGAACGGCCUGAUGGCGUGUCGUGUGGAUGAUGCACUGAUGGCCCUGCAGAAGGAGGCCAAACUGCUGCUGUUUCAGGGUUCGCAGGGAUUUGACAACCUGAGCUGUUUGGAGAGACUCACUUCAGCUCACAUCUCCAUCAGUCUGAGCCGAGCGGAGCAGAACCAGACCGUGCCGAAUGAGUCCAGGCCGCAGACGUGGCAUGUGAUGUAUGCAGACAGAUACACCUGUCAGGACAUGCAGAUCAGCAACACACUCGCAGAUAUUCACUUCCAGAUCACCAUGAUGAACCCUGACAGCGCAGGAAACCCACUGGAUCACUUCAGUGCUGAGGAGGCGGGUCUCCACAGCUUCUUCUUCCUGCUAAUGGUGUCAUACUUCGUGGCGUCGUGUAUUUACGCCCAGCCGCUGUGGCAGACGCUGAGUAAAGGCGGCCCGAUGAACAGCGUGCUGAAGGUUCUGUCUGCUGCACUGCUGCUGCAGGGAUCAUCAGUGCUGCUCAACUACUUACACAUGGCCCGAUAUGCCAGAGACGGUGUGGGGACGCCACUGAGCAGGAGCCUCGCUAAAUUGUGUGACACGUGUGCGCAGGUGCAGAUGCUCUACAUGUUGUUGAGUCUGUGUGUGGGCUGGUCUAUGGGUCGCAGCAGACGGUCUCCCAGUAAACCUCUGCAGUGGGACUCGUCUCCCACAUCCACUGUGCUCGCUCUCACCGCUGGCAUCACUCAGGGGGCGCUGCUGGUCUGGCAGCAGCUGGAGGACGUGGAGCAGCACAGUUUCUCACACACUCGGCUCAGUGUGUGCGGCUGGAUACUGACGCUGCUGCGGGUGCUGCUCGCUCUGUUUCUGGCCUCGCUGCUCUAUCAGCUCAUCUCAGCGGAGCGGAGCGCGCUCAAACGAGACUUCUACAUCAGCUUCACCAAGGGGUGUUUGCUGUGGUUUCUGUGUCACCCGGUGCUGCUUCUGUUCUCUACGCUCCUCAAUGAGCAUCAGAAGGAGAAGGUGCUGACCGUGGGUGUGAUCUUGUGUCGCAGUAUCUCAGUGGUGGUUCUGUAUCGACUCUUUCUGUCCCGCAGUCUGUACUGGGAGGUUUCCUCGCUGUCGUCUGUAACGCUGCCGAUCACCAUGAGCCGCCGGAGCCCGUACUAAGAGACCCCAUCCACACACACACACACACACACUCAGAUCAGCACCACACACACACACACUCAGGUCAUUACAGAUAUUUGCAUUUUAAACGUGUUUUUAUUCUGUUUCUAUUUUAAAUAUAUAUAUUUGUUCAGUCAAUUCUCAUUCAACAUGAAAGGCUUGGAGGUGCAUCCUACAUAUUAAAUAAAAACAGGUUAUUAUAGAUUUUUGCAUUUUAAAUUAGUUUUAAUUAGUCUGAUACUAUUCUAAAAUAUACACUUUUAUUCAGUCCAUGUGUUAUUUAAUAUAAAAGGCUUGGAGGUGCAUCCUAAAACAGGUUAUUUUAGAUUUCUAAGUGGUCACUAAGGCACUGCUAAGCAGAUGUUAGGGUGUUCUAAGUGCAACCCAGGGUCAUUCUGAAACAUACCCCUGUAUAUAUUUCUGGAGAGCACCAAAUACGUCCCAGGGCGCUGUGUACGCUUUUACAGAUCUCAAAUUUCCCUCACGAGUGCCAUUCACGCAUGCUGUUCUCAUGUAAAUCCACCAGAGGCCGCCGUUGACUGACUGACUGACCGAUCGACUGACCCACUCUCCUCUUCCCUAAACCCAACCAACAGUGUUUUCAAGAGCAAUCCAGAAAAAGAAAAGCCCUCCCUUGAUUUCUACCACGUUUUCAGAUUUUACCACAUUCUCACCCUGUUAUUUACUUGUUUUAUUAUGUGGAUUUUGUCUUACCUGCUUUCUGGAACUGUUCUUCACCGGACUCAAACCCCAUCGUCACGGUCAGCUUCUCUCUGAGUCUCAAGUCUGCUGAUAUAUGUGUUGAGCCUGGUAAACUGGUAACAGUGGAAAAGCCGUCCACAGGGAGGUCAGCUGGUAGCACAUAAAGUAACAGCAUCAUACGCCCUGUAGUGUUCAUUUUAAAGAUGAAAUACAGCCAUACGUUCCUCUGGCUACAUAAUUCACGAUCUCCUGAAAUGUAUCCAGGGCUACGUUUUCAGAAUGAGCCUGUGUUGUCUAAGUGGUUGUUGGGCACUUGCUAAGGUGCUGCUACAGGGUUUCUAGGGUGUUGCACGGCAGUUGCUAGUGUGUUCUUAGUAGUUGAGUGGUUGAAAAUCUUUGCAGGUCAGAUUUGCCACCACAGAGUGCUUAUUAAUUCUGAAAAGCAUUAUUUAUUUUUGCCAGUUAUUAUUUUAGGGUGCUUUCACACUUGCUUCAGUUGCCUGGACUGUACCCAAGUUCGAUUGUCCCCCCCUUCCACCUUCUCAGCAGGUUUGUGUUCACACUGUCAGUUUUCCCUUGUGAACCCCGGUACGCUUGCGUCAUCGAGCUGCUCUUGUGUGUACGGCUGUUGCUAGGUGACUGACAUGAAAGCAAAGCUCCAAAAUGGACAGACGUGCACACAUCGCGGUCGUUCUGCUUUUACUGAAUCUUUUGGUUUUGGACAUACAGAAAGCGACUCGCGUCCAUCUGCUGCAAACAUAUUAUAACCGCUCAGAACAUCACGCCAUGUCUGCAGACGCUGUUUCUGAAGGAGACAAGCAGACAUCAUCACUGUGAUUGCCCUGACUCAGUCCCGCUUAUCACCAAUGUACAGUACAUGAUACACAGACACACACACACACACACGAAUGAGCGCUAUGAAAACUAAAGUUUGUUGUGUAGUUGCCGGUUUACUUUCGUUAUGUGAUACGAUUGCAUUCAGACUAGAAAUGAACCAGAUCAGAGUUCGCUCAAACCGUACACUAGACCCUCUCUUUCAGGCGGUCUCGGGAAUGGUUCACGGGUGCGCACCCAGGUUUAGAAGACACGAUCACACUAGCUAAAACGUACCAAACUCUGACGUUAAAUGAACCCGGGUGGGGCCCAAAAGUGUUCGUGUGAAAGCACCUAUAUUUCUGAUAUUUUAUUUCUGUACUGUUAAGUUUCGUUUAUUUAUUUAUUGUGAAUUUUUCUUUUAUUUUGAGUUAAUCAAAAUGUUUCUUGAUCAAUCGUUUAAGUCUUCAUUUUAGUUUACUCACAGCAGGAGAGACGCUGAUUUCAUCCAGUCAUUCAUUCAUUCAAAGACGAAACCAACAAACAGAACUCUAUAAAACAGAUUAGAUCUAACUUAAUUGAUCUACUAAUCUUUCUCCACAGUUCUCCAGUUCACACAUAAACUGAUACUUUUCCAAAAUGGGUGGAGCUACCUUCAACCACUGAAACAGCUGAUUGGCUGAUUGUCCUCUGCAGUGAAAUCGAAUCAUUUAAUUGGUUAAAUUUCACUGCAUUGUAUUUAAAUAUAUUCAAAUGAAAUGCAAAUCAUAUUUUUGUAUUAUUUCUAUAUAAAUAAGACCUAUCAUUUUUAUCUGUACGGAAGUUUUAUUGUUAAAAUACAAUGUAUUUAUCUCGUUUAGACCUGGGUUACGUCCUCGAGCAAUAAGAGAAUGUGAAAUAUGAAUGCUUUUAUUGGUGAUUUAACUUCUGUUGUCCUCCACAAGUGCCUGAGAUGACAAUCAAUCACUGAUGCGGAGAUGAUUAUUGAUCCUGUUUACUGGAUCUGCAACUCGAGCAUGUGUGCUGAAGUCCAGACUGUACUGUAUUUAUUAUUGUGUUAAUAAACGUCAUGCACACCCUC